GUCCCCCGGCAGCUGGAAGCUCCAGUCGGCCCUGUGGUCCACCAGCCUUCGCGUCCCCCACAUCAACGCCCGCACUCGCACUCGCGCCCACUCCCACGCCCGGCGACUACUGCGCGAGAUGGCCGUCAAGCAGAACAACAGCGAGGCGGGCGACGCCUCGGAGAAUGCCGGAGGAGCGGGCGGUGGCAUGCCGCCCAACAUCAAGCCCCCCAUGUCCGCCAAUGGGAUGAAGAUACCCGACGAGAACGGAGCGCCCGAGGGCAUGGGCACGGGUUCGCCAGCCGGGGAGACCCUGAACUCCAACCGACCUGGCAAGCGGGACAUCAAGACCCUGCUGGCCCACCUCCAUAGCAUCGAUCUGCCGGAGCAGGGCCACAACGUGAUGGCCAUCUGCGAGAGGGCCAUCGUGGAUCUGGCCCGUCUAGAGAUCCCACGGGAGAGGGCCUCUUCUCCACAUCUAAAGGAGGACGUGUGCCAGGUGGGCGCUUUUCUGGCCACGCGCAACGAGAAGUAUCACCAGAUGUUCUACCUGCGCGUCGUCUACGAGCUGAUCACCAAGUCCCCAUUCGAUCCGCCGCCCUCUUGCGCCGUGGCCAUUGUGUUCCAGCUGUUCGACUCCAACCAGAUCCUCGAGGCGGUGCACUCGCUGCUGGAGCAAAAUGUGCAGGACUCGAGCAUCCGGAAGACGGUGAAUCUGCUUUGCGAUUGGAUCACCUACUGCACCUUCUGCAGCAACCUCAACCUCUGGGUGCUGGCGCUCCUCGAUGGGCUGCGGGACCAGGGCAAGCGGGUGCUGCUGGACGAGAUUGCGCUGGACAACAUCGAGAAGCUGUUCCAUGUGAUGUUCUUCCCAGCGCUGCGACCAAAGGCCGCCCCGGUGGUGUUCCGCAUGCUGUCGACGAUUAAUCAGAUGCCCGAGGUUUUCCACAAGAUCUUGCCUAGGAUCCCCGUAGUGCUACAGUAUAUGAAGAGUCAGUCUACCACCAUGGACGAGAUCGGCCUGGAGACACGCAACUGUCUGCAGCAGCUGGUGGACCUUACCAGCGCACUUAUGCUUCGUUUUUACGAUCAAGACGACCUCUAUGUCGCCGCCAAGAAGGCUCUCCAGCAGUACGAGCCCUCUCCGAACUGCGUGGCCUUGGCGCGAGCAAUGCACGAGAAUGCCCAGCCGUGGGGUCGACGGAAUGCGAGGGUCGGACUGGUGAACCUGGGAAAUACCUGCUACAUGAACAGUGUACUUCAGGCACUGGCCAUGACCAGCGACUUCAGCAGGCAGAUCUUGCUUAUCGAGUGCGAUUCACCGCUGCUCAUGAAGGUGCAGCAGCAGAUCGCCCUAAUGCACCACUCGCUGCGCUACGAACUAACGCCCUCACGAGUGCUAAAUGCAACCCGACCGCCAGGCUUUACACCCGGCCUUCAACAGGACAGCUCCGAGUUCCUAGGAUAUCUGCUCGACCUGCUGCACGAGCACGAGAUCAACAGCGCCUCAUCCGCUGGCCGCAAUGUGGCUGCUCCGAAGACCAGCGCGGCGAUCGAUGACGUGCCCGCCCCGCUGAGCGAGGAUAUAGUGACCAGCGGCGUGAUCCCGUACAACAGCAAGGAUCGAGUGCUUAGCAGCGGUAGCAGCAGUGGCAAUUGUAGUCACAAGCUGACUCCCACUCCUCCCGCGACACCCACCAAAGGCACAAACUGCUCGCAGCAACAAGGACAGCCGGCGACUCCCACGAAGCCGCCAUCCACCAUUGACAAGACGUUCGCCGGGAAGUUGUCCACCACCUACCGAUGUCUGAGCUGCGGCUGGGAGAGCCGGAACGAGGACAGCUUCCGGGAACUGCAGCUGUCUUUCCCCGAUGAUAAGGACGAUUGUGGAGCCACCAACUACUCGGUGCAGGACCUCAUCGAGUACUACUGCUCGCCAGAGAAGCUGGACGGUGACAAUCAAUACUUCUGUCCACAAUGCAAGAAGCUAUGCGAUGCGGAGCGCCAUAUCGGGGUCACCCAGGCGCCCAGGAACCUGAUUCUCACGCUCAAGCAAUUCAAGUACGAUCAGAAGUACCACUUCCGUACCAAAUUGAUGCAUAAGGUGUUUCACGAUGAGAGCGUCACCGUAAAGAUGUCUGCCUCGGACUCGCUGCAGGAGAUGUCUACGGUGCACUACGACCUGUAUGCCGGAGUUGUGCACGCCGGCUACAGCAUGGAUUCCGGUCACUACUUUACGUUUGCGGCCGAUCAAACGAAGAACUGGUACAAGUUCAAUGAUAACUUAGUUACCCACUCAAAGCCGGAGGAGAUGCACAACCUCACUUCGCCCAACACGCCCUACAUCCUGUUCUACAAGAUGUGCGGCCGCUCCAACGAGUCCAACGGAGCCUCGGCCAGCUGCAGUUCGAGUGUAGGAUCGGGAUCGAGCCACCAGGUGGUCUCGUUGCCGCUUUCGCCGCCACUAACGCUGGAGGAAUUGCCGCGCCAGCUGCGCGACUACGUUAGGAAGGACAACCAUGUUUACAACGAGGAGUUACGGAUGCAACGCUUUAAGCGCGGCAGUGGAGGUCACGGCAAUGGAUUCGUCAGCCGGCAUACCUUCGGUGGCGAUGGCGACGAGGACGAUCAGGCGCCGCCGCCGUCCGGAGGGUGCGGUGGUAACGGACUGGGCAUGAACAUCAACCGCUUCGUCUUCUGAGGAAGUGGGAGCGAAGGUAGCGAGCACUCCGGAGGCCACUAGAACGUAUAAUUGUCUACUUUAUAAAACACGCGCAUACUAAUCUAAAUGUUACAUAUAUUAUAUAGCCAGUGCAUAAUCAAUCGAGAUAUAUACGGCUACGUAUAUCGAGUGUGUGAGAAUAGCUGGCUGCUGCGCCUUUCGUUCGCUCGUUCACUAGCUCCUCCCGUUGUUGUCCACGUUUCCUAUCCUAUCAUGUUCCCCCUCCUCGAUCCUUUCCCCCAAAAAAUCAACAUACUCAUCCAAUCAUAAAAACGCAAACUAUCAAUGUAUUUCCAUUUACAAAACUGUUAUAAUUUUGUUGUUUUUGUUAACACAAACCUAGUUGUAGAACGAGCAUAUAUGCGUACGCAUACAUAUAUAAUUAUAACGAUUAAAAGCAUCAGAAUUAGCCAGAGAAGAGAGCGAUAUACUCGAAUCCGAAUCAGCCGAUCUAAGAAGACCACUAACUUCCAAAGCAGUAAAUCAGAAAUGAAAGCACCUUAGUUUUUAACACACAACUCGCAGUAAAAUCAUAUCUCGAGUUGCAAUCGAACUAGCAAGAAGCUACAAAAAACAGAUCGUCGCGACAAUGACUUGUAUAAAUAGUUGGCGAGAGCGAUAUCGAAAUCGGGCUAUAACCCUCGGAUCGUAACAUUAGUUUCCCUGUUAAUUUUGUGAAUUUUAAAAUAUUUGCCAAUGUGCGACACGAAUUUGUAAUUGAUAUAUAAAUGUAUCUCUUUGGAUCUGGUGAGCAGAGGUUGCGAUGAUUUUGAAUGUUAUUGCAAUUAAAUUGGAAUAAUUUCAAAGAAAUUUGUAUAUGGUGUAUGUCUAUUGAUAACCAAAAUCUAUACUAUGCUAUGCUAUAAGUGUAUCAAUAAAGAAAAGAACAAGCCCAAAAA